AUGGACCCACCGGAGUUUUACGCCGGCGGUAAUCCAUCGCCGACGAGAAAAGAGCUACAGGGUCCUCGUCCUACCCCUCUCAGAGUCAACAAAGACUCCUACAAGAUCAAGAAACCACCAAUAGCCCCACCAGCUCGUCCACCACAGCCGGUUGCGACCACCACUGAGAACCGCCAGCCAGUCAUAAUAUAUUCAGUCUCUCCAAAAGUCAUACACACCACCGUGAGUGAUUUCAUGAAUUUGGUCCAGCGUCUGACCGGGUCUUCUUCCACAGGUGAUCCGCCCGCCACUACAAGCGGCGGUGAUAUUUCUCCGGCUGCCAGGUUGGCUUCAAUAGAGAAGACAAGUCCUUCCCCCAGAAACAAAGAGAGAGAAAAGGGUGUUGAUCUUGUUGGAAUCGUUGAAGGGGUUGAAGUGGGUCAGAUUCCGGGAAUACUGUCUCCGGCGCCGGCUACUCUGCCGCCAAUACCAUCUGGUUUCUUCUCACCGGGAUCUGACCCACAUAGUGUUUCAUUCUUGCAUGAUCUGAGCCCUUUCAUGUAUGGGAACAUGUUCAUACCGAGUCCUUCAACAUUGUUUUCAGCUCCAAUGGUUUCACCCUCUCCCUCAUCGUUAGAUCUCUUCAACCCAUUCUUUGACUUUUAG